ACACUCGCGGCACGGGAAAGAUUGUGCCGCUGCAGCUGACCAACAUUCCGGCCGGUCAGCUCCCCCUCGCCACCCACCGAAAACGCGCCGUCAGCUGCCGCCAUCGCGCAGGUCUAAGACACGCCUCCCAAACUAUUCGCUAUUCGCAUAGAGCGCAACUGCGCACAAGCCUCGUUUCGUCGGUCGCGCAUCCGCCGUCGUGAGUCGGGAGAAAGAAUUCCGUAUUCCGUAUAGUGUAAACAGUGUAAACCAUAGAUUCGGGAUCGCUCCGCUCAACCACCACCGCGCCACCGAUCACUGUUCGUUCGCCGAACGGCGUUCACCAUUUUUCGCUCACUGUUCACUGAUCAGUGGACACUCGUCAGUCGCUCUUCUCUUUUCUCGUCUGUCGUUCAGCGUACGCCGCGGUCGCGUAUCUAUUUUAAAACAAACUGUCGUCUUCUGCGUUUUUUCGGCACGAACAACCUCUUAAUUCGGGUCUUUUCCUUUCCGACCCACGCCGCCAAUACGACCACCGAUCGUCCACACAAUACCGCGGUUGGACGACCAAGACAUCUCUAUAAACUUUAGCGGCGACAUUACGUGGACUUGCUGAUUUGAGCAACAACAGCUUACGACUUAUACGUCCACCAUGUCUUCUUCACUGUGUUUAUAUUUCAUGAGGGGAUCCUGUCGAUUUGGCAACCGUUGCUGGAACUCGCACGAUCUGGGAUCCAUUCGCUCCGACAGCCCGAUCCUGAUGAUGGCGGAAUCUUCUGAUGAUGAUAUCAAUUUUCCUAUGUUGGCAAGGACAGUAACUACAGAAACUACUCCUAUGACGGCUUCACCAAGUAGUAGUACUUCUAGACCUAGACAAAACAAUCCAAUUCUUCCCAAUUCAGCAAAGAAAACACAAGAAACUGAUAAAAAAGUAUCCCAAGACAGGUGGACCUUAAAAAAUAAUAAUACUGGGGAGACAAGAAAUGGUUCGCCCGAUAGUAUGCUAUUAGAAACAGUAAAAAGAUUAAAUGAUGCUGAAAAUUUAGCAACAUCACUUCGUCAACAAUUGCGUAUUAAAAAUGAGGGAGAAAAUUUCUCUUGGGUUGAGCAUCAAUUGGAACAAUGCAUUGAAAGUGAUUUACAAUGUAAUAUAUGUUACGAAAUGUUCAUCAAGCCAACUGUGUUAAAUUGCUCUCAUACAUUUUGUCUUGAAUGCAUAGAGUCAUGGACCCGAAGAGUUAAUCACUGCCCAACAUGUCGAGUUUAUGUUAAAAAUAAAUCAUACUGUCUAACUUUAGAUACCUAUUUGGACAAAAUAUCUGACUGUUUACCAGAAGAAAUAAAAACGAGGCGAGAAACUCUAAAAGCUGAACGCAACAAUAAUAGAGUGGAAGGUAGUAGAAAUCGAAGAAAUAAUGCAAGGAGAAGAAAUAGAAAUCAAAAUCAAUCUAUGCGUCGAACAUUAGGUGUAUUAUGGGGUGAACGUGAUCGAGAUGGUGCUGAAUGGAAUAUUGCACUAGAAGAAGCAUUAUUUGAUCCAAUACGUUUAGGCGAUGCUAUUGGUAGAAAUGGAGAUGAUAGGGAAGACUGGGAUGAUGAAUUGUCUGAUAGCACCUUAGACAGUCUGGUCAUCAUAAGAGCGCUACUGGGCGGCGACCAAAAUUCAUCCGAUCCCGCGCAUUCACACCAUUAAACCUUCCCGAACGCUGGCCACCGUCAACACGCGCCGCCGACACCGUCGCCGCUCUGCCUCCGCCCGCCUAUUUGGAUGUGCGAACGAGUAGCGUUCUUAGAAUGGCACUAACAUAUAAAUUCCAAUAAUAGCUUUUGUUCAUGUGGAUAUAUAUUAAUCAUAAUGAUUUAUAUAUACAUUAUACAAUAUAAUUAAUAUUACAUUUUAAUUUAAAUAUGCAAUAUGCCAUAUGCAUUAAUACUAAAUAACGGCAUUGGUAAAGCGUGUGAUAAUAUACAUAAAGUAUAGAAAAGGGUAUAAAUAUUUUAUACUAUCAAUUUAAUUAAUCAUUAUAGAAGUUUAAAUUGUUAACUUUUUGUAAUUUUAAUUUCUGAAUUAAUCGUAUGUGUUUUAUAAAAAAUAUCUUACCUUAAAUUAGAAAUAUAAAAUUAAAUAUCUCUAAAAUCUAAAGUAUAAGGUCUAGUAGGGAAAUAUGAUAAUCUUUAAGGUCAUUAUAAUUUUUUUUCUGUGUAUAUCUUGUAUAAUACAUUAAGUUUAUUUCCUCAGUUAUAACCUGUUAAGUUCAUCUUAGCCAUCUACUGAUGUCACAAAUUACCAAUAAAGUUGGUAUUACUUUACAGUUUACCUUAUAAUAUAGUAAUCAUAACGGUUGCCUAUAGCCAAGAUGAACUGGAUGGGUUAUAUAAUUGGUUUAGUUCAGGGCAAAGGGUCUUUUAUACAUUUUAUAAAGAAGCAUAUUUCUUGUGCACUGGCUGGAUAAUAUUUAAGUUGUUUAUUUUUAAACUUUAAUAAUCUUAAAAACUAAAAUUAUCAAAAUCUCUUAAAAUAUUCUUAGAAAGUUCUCAAAAGUGAAAUUUAGAAUAUGUAGUAUAAUGAUAUAUCCUGAAAAAUAGAUUGAACACAGUUUCAUAACUGAAAUGGGAUCCACCUCUAUCCUGUCCCCCCUUAAGUUUGCUAUACUCAUUUAAAAAAUAAUAAAUCUCAAAUUUGAUCUGUUAUGUUAUAUAUUUUAAUUUUCAAUUGUUUUUAUGUCACCUAGUUCCAAGGGAAUAUUAACUUCCUUUUUAAGUUUUUACAUCCUUCAUACAUGUAUUUUUAUUUCUAUUAAGACAUAAUAAUUUUUCAAUGCUUUAAGAUUUCAUUAUAUUCAAAUAAUUGAUGUUACUAUAAUAUUAUGUAUGAUGUUUAAAUUUAAUUUUUAAUGUUAAUUGAAAUACUAAUUUUUAGAAUGUAUUUAAAUUUGCUUAUAAAUCUUUAAACUGUAUGUACAUUGUAUUAUGUAAAUAUAAAAUUAAACUAUAUCUUUUA